AUGGAGGAAGCUGGUGUUUAUGCCUCGCAGGGCAUAGGGGGAUAUGACAGAGCAGAGGUUAACAGUAGUAUUGAACAGAGGGAUAAUCAUGCACAGUACACCAUUCAGAGCGUUCUUCAUUUUAUUCAGUCGGAAUGGACACGUUUGGAGUUGCAGCGUUCUCAGUGGGAAAUGGAACGAGCUGAACUGCAGGCGAGGAUAGCAUUCCUACAAGGUGAGAGACGUGGUCAGGAAAAUAUAAAACAGGAUUUGGUUCGUCGGAUUAAAAUGCUGGAGCAUGCUCUCAAACAGGAACGCGUCCGAUACCAUCAGUUGAAAUCUACCAUCGAUAACAAUAUGGACAAAUCAGUAGACGAGGCUUCAAAGGCUGGUCCUGACAGUUCUGUUGAGAAUGUCAAAGACUAUAAGAACGUAAUGGACCCCGGUAGACAAUUAGCACACUGUACGGAACAGGCUCUCCAAAGCAAUGCUAAAUGGCGCGAAAGUCGUCUGAAAUUAAAGCAUUUUCUGCAAGAAGUCGGUUACACAGAUUCGGUCUUAGCCAUCCGUCAAAGUCGUGUACGUCAACUGCUCUGUGCAACAAAUGGGGACGUAGAGGAUCCGGAAGCAAUUAAUAGCCUGAGGAAAAGCUCCUCUAAUCGCAAUUCACUGACAUUGCCCGAGAAUGAGGAGGCUGUUCUUCGUACCUUUGAUUUUCUGGAAAAUGCUACUAAGUCGACCGAGAAGCCUAACCCCCCUGUUGAUGCCGAAGCUCCAUGGAAUGACGAUAAGCCAGCCUCAAGUGGGAUAUCAUCCUUGCUUUCGGGGUUUGACUCCCGAACUGGACAGCCUAAGCGAUUUGGGAGGAAAGCCGGCGUUGAUAAUAAUUUGGUGGAGUUUCUAAAUUCGCUCUCGGACAAAGAGGGCGGGGAAACGGAGGCGCUGUCCAAACUGGGGGACGCAGUGUGGCCUUUGGGUUCACAGGCGCCGUGUGUAGAUGGUGAACCCAGUAACGCUUCCAGUGCCUCUAACUUGAUGCCCUUCAGCUCGGCUAAUCAGGUUGAAGUAGAUGGAUCUUCCGCAGCCGUAGGUUUGGGUGACCUCGCUAGUCUUACCGUCGCAAACGAAUCGGAAAAUGGGAAUGAUACGGAACAGUGUGAAACUGGAGGCUUUCUGUCAACUGAAUCAGGUUUUGGGCAAAAACAGUCCUCAGCAUCAUCAACGGUGGCUGGCUCUCGACGUCCUUGGACAAAAAAGUUCGGUUUGAAGGGUCACUUUGACUCGGUUCGCUCAAUUUCCUUUCACCCUAGUGAACCAUACCUAUUCUCUGGUGGUGAGGAUGGUCUAGUCAUGCUAUGGGCUUUGCGUCGUCCCGGAUCCCCUAAACCCAGUGCAAACAAUGCGAAGAACGGCAAUCAAAUGGCUGCGAUGCUUUUGGCCAACGCCCCGCCCGACCUCGAUCCGGUUCAUAUUUAUCGAGGCCACAUGGGACCCGUGUUGUCAGUGUCCGUGCCAGCAGUAGGCCAGUGUGCGAGCGCUGUUUACUCCUCCAGUCUUGACGGAGUUAUUCGUGGCUGGCGUCUUCCCCCUCCCGACCCUUUCUCUGGGCUUUUCGAUCUCUACUCCCUCUCACAGACCGUAAACGAAUUCGGUCCUUUGCUCAAGCGUCCGGAUUCCCCGGGAAACGCUGUUUGGUCGAUAUCUGUGCACCCCAGUCUCCCCCUACUGGCGUCUGUUGACACCUCUACCGCAGUCUCCUUUUGGUCCCUCCAGACGGAUGUGCUGUCUGGGGAUGACGAACCGCCCCUUCCCAUUGAAUCCAUCCCUCCCUCGCGCACCAUCAUUCUCAGCGAACUUAUCACACCCUCCGACAAUGAGGCGGGUGUGGGCCGGCCGACCAGCGUGACGUUCCUCAGCGUUCGUCCAGAUCCCUCUAACGCCACACAAUGUCUUGUUGGUACUAGCACUGGUUGGCUUGCGCUCAUCGACGUGGAGACUGGCAAGAUUGUCAACAAGGUAGCCCCUCCCACCGAAUCACCUUCCAUUGCACCCACCACUGAAUCCGAUUUCAACGAGGGCGAUUCCUUCAAUCAUCAGCACUCCAACGUUAAUCUCAACUCGGUGACCUAUCCAGCUGCUGAUUGGGGUCCUAGAGGAAUUCAUGAUAUCACCAUGUAUCAAACAUUUUCGCUGGCCAUAGCGGGCCACGAGGAUCGAUGUAUUCGGUUCUACGAUAUCACUAGGCAGGGAGGAAGUGCUGGUGGUGAAUCGGGGAAUUUUUGUGUUGGGACCGUUGUUACCCACCUUGAUGCCGUUACCUGUCUUACGGUUGAUCCACAUGACCUCUAUGUCCUCACUGGAAGUCACGAUUCCUCAAUUCGUCUGUGGGAUCUGGAGAGUAGGGCGUGCGUUCAAGAGAUGACGUGCCAUCGUGUGAAGAAUAACGAGUCUAUCCACGCUGUAGCCAUGCACCCGACUCUGCCUUUUGCUGCUAGCGCGGGAGCCGAUGCCCUCUGCAAAAUUUAUACCUCCCUGUGA